AUGCAUGCUGCUGUUCACGGAAAUACCUCUCUGAGGCAGGAUUUGGGAAUGGAGAUGAAGGAUUUGCUGCAUGAGUGUUCAAGGGUUGUGAUGAUGCUAGCUGCGUCCAUGGAGAAAUUCAUUUGGGAAGGAAGACCACCACUGGUUCUUCUGCACUCCCAGAAUGACUUUUUGAAAGAGAAAGCUCUACACAGCUUGCAGCAGUUAGUACAUCCCAAGUCAGCAGCGGAAGUUGAAAUUUACUCUCCCCACGCUUUGAUACUCGCAGGAAAUAUCUGCUGCAGACCAGUCAAUCGCACUGCUCCUUUCCGACGGUAG